CCGCGAAGCAGUCGAGCAAAUGCUGCCUCUCUUAUUCGGGCAAGUUUGAGGGUUGGCAGUGGGGAUUGGCGGUGCCGCAGCCACAGCAGUUCCUGACCCCCUUGUACAUGGACGUCGCCUUCAUUGGCGUGGCCGCCAUUUCUUUUUGUCUUCCCGGCUUCUGGCUCUGUCUGGGUGCCCUGUGCACCGCGUUGGCUCACCUGCAUUUUGUGCAUCUUCACUCGUUGUGGGUGGUAGAGGUCGCAUUCGUCACAGGCCUCAUCCUCUGCUUUAGUGGCAUUCUUGGGGCUUUUGGAGCAACCCGUCGGUGCUUGUGGCCAAUCUCAGUGUUUGUUGGAACUGCCUUUGCUGUAAUUUCUUUGGAGGCGGCUACGGGAGUUGUCUUCCUCUGCCAAUGGAACCUUGUGGAAGAGACAGCGAAAGAACAUGAUCAGACAGGCGCUCUGCUGCUGGUGCUGCGCUGUAUUGAAGCCCACCCCAUCAUCUUCUCCUGGCUUGUAGGCAGCUUCUUCAUCCUGCAGGUCGCAACGCUGUUUUUGGCAGCGCACCAUGCAUUCAACAUUGCCAUGGACACAGAGGAGCCUGAAGAGGAAUCAGGCUUGGAAGAGGGGGAUCGUUGUGGAGACAAGGCACCAUUGCUGCUGGCAUACGAGCAGGCGUACCUCCCCAAGCCCUCAAAGCCCUCCAGCCAGAACCCCGAAGGGGAGCAGCAUUUUGUGUUCCCCCCGGCCUGCCACAAACAGGAGCCCAGUAAGGCCCGCUACAGGGUCCCAGAGUGGCGCGAUGUGCUGCUGACUGCUGCGCUGCUGUGGCUUGCUGCAACCGGGCUCGUCCUCAUCAUCGCCAUGGUCAAAGUGGACAUGUAUCAGGAUCCUGGCCUGGGACAUCACGCUUCCUCUGCUGAGGACGGCCCAAAGCAUGCUGUGCAGCAAAUAGACCCCACCGCACUGCCAGCUGCCCAUGCCGCCCCCUCAGGGGUCAAGUCACUGGUGCUCUCUGCGCUGGACAGCUUGGGCCUCCACUCUGGCAGCAAGGACCAUGCGCAUGAUCACCUUCCUGGAAAGCAUGUCAUGGCUGCCAGCUCAGCAGAUGAUGACGACGAUGAUGAUGAGAAUGACAGCAAUGAUGACAGCGAUGACAAAGAGGACAGUGAUCAUCACAACAGCAAGGCGGCAGGGAAGCACAGCGAAAAGGUGGAGAAACGUCCCAAGCACCGGAAGGAGGGAAAAGAGGAGGACAGCAAAGCCCAGGAUCAUGACCAUGAUGACAGCGAAGAUGACAGUGAGGGAGAUGAGAGUGAAGAGGAGGAGGAGAGGAAUGAGAAGGGCAGCCGGGGCAAGGAGGAUGCCAAGGAAGAUGAUGAUGAAGAGGAAGGGGAGGAAGAUAGGGCUGAUAUUGCAGGGGAGCUGGGAAAGAAGCCCUGGAAGAAACACCACCACCACAAGAAGCACAGGAAGCACCGCAAGCACUGCACAGAGGAGGAUCAGCCCAGCUGCCAGGACGGCGCCCCCCGCUGGUUUGCGGGGGUGUUGGGUGUGGUGGGUGUUCCCAUGCUGGUGCUCAGCAGCGUGGCAGGUGCCGGCGUCUGGUGUGGCUUUGCUGCCGUUCUGCACAUGUUUGCUGGAGCAAGCGCAGUCUUCCUGGCGGCUGAGGCCCUGCUGGUGCACAUGUGCUUCGCACAUGGGCCAAUCCUGGUGACAGCGGCGGAGUUUGACAACAGCAAUGGGCUGCAGCGCACACUGGACUUUGCGUCAGAGCACAGCUUUGCAACGCCGCUGUUAGUCAUUGCCUUGCUGGCGUGCCAGGCUGGCGCCAUGGUGGCGGCCGCCAACUUUGGCACGCCCAUCCCUGUGAAGACUCGCGUCAUCACUGCCAGCACCCAGCUCAGGCAAAAGGUGGAGGAGAUGCAGCUGCCUCAAAGGAGUGCCAUCCUGUACCGGCAUGCGCGCACAAAAUCUGCCGUGGCCGCCGAGUCCCUUCGCGGCGCCGCCGGCCGGGCCGCCGAGCGGGCGGCAGGCGCGGUGGAGCGCGCCGGCUUCCCGGCGGCUGCCGCGCGCAUUGCCGGCAGCUUCCCGGCAGCUUCCUCCCAGCCGGGCAGCGCCGAGACGGUGCACCCUUACUCGCUGGUGGCUUCCGCGGCCGAGGAAGCUGCUGCCUCGGACGGGGAAGCUUCUGUCAAGGACGAUGCCAGCACCGGCAGUGACAGCAAGGAUCCCUGGGCCACCCUUCGCAGAGCACUCGUUCCAGAGGGCUCAGCUGGCAGCCAGCGCCCCGUGCGCUGGUCUGAGAAGGACUGA